UCAAAACACACCAAAGAAGCUGCUUGGCCAUGUGAGGAGGGACUGGAGGGAGGAAGCGGAGGAAGAAGAGGAGGGACGUCAUUUACUGUGAUCAUCUCGUAUUGAAGUAAGCAGAAGGCUCUGAGAGAGGAAGGAAGGCGGCUGAAACACGGACGCAAACAUGGGGAAGGAAAGCGAGAUGGAAAUGAAGUCCGAAGCCAAACAUUUUCAAAAUGGAAGUUUAGGUGAGAAAGAAGAGAAUGAUGAAAAGACAAGUAAGAAGAAGAAGAAGAAGGAAAAGGAGCCGAAGGAGCCCAUGGUCGGCCCGCUCUCUGUGUUCAGGUUUUCAGACAGCUGGGACAUCCUGAUGAUCCUCAUUGGGACUGGGAUGGCCGUGGCCAACGGGGUCGUUCUCCCUCUCAUGUGCAUCGUCUUUGGAGACAUGACGGACAGUCUUGUGAACAGCGCCAAUCCCAACAUCACCGCAAACUACUCCAAUUCCUCAUUCCCACCAGACAUGUUCACCACUUUAGAGAAGGAAAUGACGACCUUUGCCAUCUACUACUCCAUCUUGGGAGCCGUGGUGCUGAUUGCCGCCUACCUGCAGGUGUCCCUCUGGACGCUGGCGGCCGGACGGCAGGUGAAGCGCAUCCGCAAGUUGUUUUUCCACAGAAUCAUGCAGCAGGACAUCGGCUGGUUCGAUGUCAACGAGACAGGAGAGCUCAACACGCGCCUCACAGAUGACGUCUACAAAAUCCAAGAGGGCAUCGGUGACAAGGUGGGGAUGUUGAUUCAAAGUUUCAGCAGCUUCAUCGCAGCCUUCAUCAUCGGUUUCACCAGAGGCUGGAAACUCACCCUGGUCAUCCUGGCUGUGAGUCCGGCUCUGGGCAUCUCAGCUGCACUUUUCAGUAAGCUGCUGGCGAACUUCACAAGCAAAGAGCAGAGUGCAUAUGCCAAAGCCGGCGCUGUGGCGGAGGAAGUGCUCUCCGCCGUCAGGACAGUGUUCGCCUUCAGCGGACAAAAGAAGGAGAUCGAGAGAUAUCACAAGAACCUGGAGGAUGCUAAGUCGAUGGGGAUAAGGAAGGCGAUCUCUGCUAACAUCGCCAUGGGAUUCACCUUCCUGAUGAUCUACCUGUCUUACGCUCUGGCCUUUUGGUACGGCAGUACCCUCAUCCUCAGUAAGGAGUACACCAUCGGAACUGUGCUCACUGUGUUCUUUGUUGUGAUUAUUGGAGUGUUUGCAAUGGGGCAGACUUCUCCCAACAUCCAGACGUUUGCUAGCGCCCGCGGAGCCGCCUACAAGGUGUACAACAUCAUCGAUCACAACCCAACCAUCGACAGCUAUUCAGAGACGGGCUUUAAGCCGGACUUCAUCAAAGGAAACAUAGAGUUCAAAGAUAUCCACUUCAGCUACCCCUCCAGGCCUGAUGUCAAGAUAUUAGGUGGAAUGUGUUUAAGUGUGAGCAGUGGACAGACCAUGGCGCUGGUGGGCAGCAGUGGAUGUGGUAAAAGCACGACGAUCCAGCUGCUGCAGAGGUUUUACGAUCCUCAGGAAGGAUUUGUAUCAAUCGAUGGCCACGACAUCCGCUCUCUUAACGUGAGCUACCUGAGGGGAAUGAUCGGCGUGGUGAGCCAGGAGCCCAUCCUGUUCGCCACCACCAUCGCCGAGAACAUCCGCUACGGGCGGCCUGACGUGACGCCGGAGGAGAUCAAACAAGCUGCCAAGGAAGCCAACGCUUACGACUUCAUCAUGAACCUUCCUGAUAAGUUUGAGACCCUGGUCGGUGACCGAGGGACUCAGAUGAGCGGAGGACAGAAGCAGAGGAUUGCGAUCGCUCGAGCUUUGGUCCGCAACCCCAAAAUCCUUCUGCUGGACGAAGCCACGUCGGCGCUGGACGCUGAGAGCGAGACCAUUGUUCAAGCUGCACUCGAUAAGGUGCGACUGGGUCGUACCACUCUAAUUGUGGCUCACCGCCUCUCAACAAUCAGAAAUGCCGACGUGAUUGCAGGCUUCCAGAAAGGUAAAGUUGUAGAGUUGGGCACUCACAGCGACCUGAUGGCGAAACACGGAGUCUACCACACGCUGGUCACCAUGCAGACCUUUCAGAAAGAAGAGGAUGGUGAGGAUGAAGGCGAGCUGUCCCCAGGUGAGAAAAGCCCCGUGAAAGACCCCAUGAGUGAGUCUACGCUGCUGAGGAGGAAGUCUACAAGAGGAUCGUCGUUCGCUGCUUCAGCUGGAGAGAAAGGAGAAAAAGAAAAGGGAAAGAACGAUGAGGACAAAGCAGAAGAAGAGGAGGACGUUCCCAUAGUGUCGUUCUUUAGGGUUCUGCGCCUCAAUGCUUCUGAGUGGCCUUAUAUUCUGGUGGGACUGAUUUGUGCCACGAUAAACGGAGCCAUACAGCCUCUGUUUGCUGUCCUCUUCUCCAAGAUUAUCACUGUGUUUGCAGAGACAGAUGAAAAAUUUGUCAGAGAAAGAUCAAACUUCUUCUCACUCAUGUUUGUCGCUAUCGGAGUUGUUUGCUUUUUCACCAUGUUUCUACAGGGAUUCUGUUUUGGAAAAUCUGGAGAAAUUCUCACCCUGAAGCUGAGGCUCAGUGCCUUCAAGUCCAUGAUGAGACAGGAUCUCGGGUGGUUUGACAGCCCCAAAAACAGCAUCGGGGCGCUCACCACCAGACUGGCGACAGACGCAGCCCAAGUGCAGGGGGCGUCAGGAGUGCGCUUGGCGACGUUCGCCCAGAACAUCGCCAACCUCGGCACCGGUGUGAUUCUGGCGUUUGUGUACGGCUGGGAGCUAACGCUGCUGGUUCUGGCCGUGGUGCCCGUCAUCGCGCUGGCCGGAGCCGUUCAGAUGAAAAUGCUCACUGGACAUGCGGCCGAAGACAAAAAGGAGCUGGAGAAGGCUGGAAAGAUAGCCACAGAGGCUAUAGAGAACAUCCGUACUGUUGCCUCUCUCACAAGAGAACCAAAAUUUGAGUCUUUGUAUCAGGAAAAUCUUGUAGUUCCUUAUAAGAACUCUCAGAAAAAGGCCCAUGUGUAUGGCUUCACCUUCUCCUUCUCCCAGGCGAUGAUCUACUUUGCCUACGCAGCCUGUUUUCGAUUCGGCGCCUGGCUGAUCAUAGAAGGGAGGAUGGAUGUGGAGGGAGUGUUUCUUGUGAUUUCUGCGGUUCUGUUCGGAGCCAUGGCCGUCGGCGAGGCCAACUCCUUCGCUCCAAACUACGCCAAGGCCAAAAUGUCCGCUUCCCACCUGCUGAUGCUGCUGAACAAAGAGCCAGAGAUCGACAAUCUGUCUGAGCAGGGAGACACGCCGGACACAUUUGAUGGUAACGUGAGCUUUGAGGGUGUGAAGUUUAACUAUCCGUCUCGGCCUGACAUCCCAAUCCUGCGAGGCCUGAAUCUGAGUGUGAAGAAGGGAGAAACUCUAGCCCUGGUGGGGAGCAGUGGCUGUGGAAAGAGCACCACCAUCCAGCUGCUGGAGAGGUUCUACGACCCCAGAGAGGGCCGAGUGGUGAUGGACAGCAUCGACGUCAAACAGCUGAACAUCCGCUGGCUCAGAUCUCAGAUCGGCAUCGUGUCCCAGGAGCCGGUGCUGUUCGACUGCACGCUAGCAGAAAACAUCGCCUACGGGGACAACACCCGCAAAGUCACCAUGGAGGAGAUAGAGGCAGCUGCCAAAGCCGCCAACAUUCAUAACUUCAUAAAUGAACUGCCUCAGAAGUACGACACUCAGGCGGGCGAUAAGGGGACUCAGCUGUCCGGCGGUCAGAAGCAGCGAGUGGCCAUCGCCAGGGCCAUCCUCCGCAACCCGAAAGUGCUGCUCCUCGACGAGGCCACCUCUGCUUUGGACACAGAGAGCGAGAAGGUGGUGCAAGACGCCCUGGACCAGGCCAGCAAAGGCAGAACAUGCAUCAUCGUGGCGCACCGUCUCUCCACGAUCCGGAACGCCGACCGCAUCGCCGUCUUCCAGGGAGGCGUGGUGGUGGAGCAGGGGACGCAUCAGCAGCUGCUGGCAAAGAAGGGAGUCUACCACAUGCUGGUCACCACACAGCUGGGCCACAGGACUGAGUGAGAGGAAGCUGGGAGCUUUGAGAGCUUUAAGGCUGGAGGAAGCACAUUGUGCCUUCACAUCGAUGCAUUGGUCUAUACUAGGGGUCCCCAAUCUCGGUCCUCGAGGGCCGGCCUCCUGCAUGUUUUAGUUCUCUCCUUGGUUUAACACACCUGAAUCAGAUGAUGGCUCGUUAGAAGGCCUAAGAAGAACACUGACAUGCUGAAAAGGUUGUUUGUGCCACCAGGGAGAGAACUAAAACGUGCAGGAUGCCGGCCCUCCAGGACCGAGAUUGGUGACCCCUGGUCUAUACAGAGCGACCUCAGUGGAGCGACGGCGACUGAAAGAGCUGGCUGCGCCUUGUGAGCUGCACUGUUAGUAGUUUUGCUGCUGCUGAUUUGCCGUUGACACUUUAUGGGUGUUUAUCACACAAAAAGAUAAAGAUAAAUUGCUUUGUGAAAGUAGGAAAAACCUGGACUGCAUUUGUGCCUCUUUUUCACAGAAACUGUGGGAAAUGCUCACCUAUAACAUUUCUUCUGCUUUUAAACCUCAGUUUAUGUUUCUGAUUGGUUUAAAUGGUGUUUAUAGAAAUAUUCAUUAACUGAACGGCUUCAUUAAACCUCAUGACUCAUUACGAUCCUUGUAGCUUACAAUGUUUAUUUUCUCCUUCAUAUGUAUUCACAUUUAAACCAGCUCUUUAUUGGUCUUCAUCAUUGACGCUCUGAUUCUUUUUUUUUUUUUAUGACCAGCUAUGUUGUUUUUGUUUCAAAUCUAUCUAUUGUUCUUGCUUUAAAGCUUCAAGCUUCAUUCCUGUUUGGAUGCUCAGCUGCACAUUACGUAGCACUUAGUGGCCCAUGUGUAAGCAGUAGCUCUCUCCUCACACUCCUCUUUACCGACAUGAUUGAUGCGCUCCGUUGAGUUUUGGUUCCAAAGUUGGGAUUUCUCUGUGGCUUAAGAUGACCUACAGACGUAAAUGAUUUUGAAAAAUGCUCGUUUAAUAAAUAUUUGUUACAAGAGAUGAAAAUAGUUGUAAUAAAGUGAUAAAAACUGAAUAAUUGUGGAGAAAGUGGUUUACAUUGUUAUCUCUAGCUUUUGCUACCAUAUUGACAAUGUUUGUACACUUAAGUAUUUUAGAUUUAGAUUGGGUGUUUUAAAUGUAUAAAUAAAAAUUGUUCAAGCAACAAAAAAAAUAUACGAAUGGGUAGAUAUGAGUAAUGGCCAAUAAAAAUAAACAUUGCACUGGAUUUAUACUUUUAUGUAAGGCCUAAACAUGCCAGUUCAUUUUAGGGUGAACUGUUUUGAUGCAAUAUUGAAACUUUUAUGCAUAAUAAAGUGUAACUUAAAAGCAUCAGACAUGCCUGGACCACUGAUGCAGAGUCGAUAUUCUGAUGUAAAUGUAUCUGGGUUGUUAAUAUUUCAGUAAUUUGGGAAAAUGAGCCAAAAAUGAGUUAUAAUAAAAUUAUGCAUUCAA